AUGAGAGAAGGUUAUCGAUCAAGGAAACAUCGAUUAUCGAUAAUUCCGGAAAAUGAUGAAGAAAUUAAAAAAGUAUUUGAUCAAAUUGACGAUGGUGAUGUUGCUGUGCCAAAACAAAUCCUUGUAGAACUUGUUAAAAAAUCAUCGAUGAGACGUUUAACAGCAUGUCAGUGCAAAUGUACCUGCGGAUUCUAUCCUGCGGAUACCAAGUUAACUGCUGUAUCAUUAUUUACGGAGCAAAGAUUUCCAUCAACUGAUGAAAUGACUAUUUCAUUUAAUCCGAUGAAUCAAUUUCCUCGAACAAUUCAAGACAAUUCCUAUCCAGAGAGAGGAAUAGACUAUCCAUUGGUAACAUCGAAUUGCUUGCCGCCAAUGCAACAAAUGCCAACAUCCGUUCUACCAGAAAUAUCGACACCAUGGAGUGGAAAUAUUCCUUUGACAACAUCAACAACAAUGCAAGAGACAUACAAUACAACAAACAUAAAUGACAAUUGUUUUUAUGUGGAUGCAUUUGAAAGACUGUUUGUGGAUGAUAAAUUAUUACUUCAGGAAUUGGUUAUCGCAAAUGAUAUCCUGAAACAACCUUUGGAUUUAUCUACAAAUCAGCGAUAUUCCAGUGAAUUGUCGCUUAUGGAUGUCGUCCGAAUGACCGAUUUAGCACUUCGACGUAUUAUCAGCAUGGCUAAAGAACUGACAUUUUUCAAAAGUUUAUCGAGCAAGGAUCAAAUUUCUAUCCUUAAAGGAUCAUGCAGUGAAUUGCUGAUAUUACGAGGAGUUAUGGUAUUUGAUCAAAAGAAACAUGCAUGGAACACGAGUGUAAUACAGGGUUCAGCUGAAUUAGAAAUCAAACUGGAUAUACUAAAGAAUUCGAAGGAAUUGAAACAUUACGAAGAGCAUAAGAGGUUUUUGACGACAUUUGGGGAAAAAUGGGGUAAGAAUGAAUAUAUUAUGUUAUUACUCAAUGCAAUAACAUUAUUUUCACCAUUUCGUACAAAUCUUCAAGAUGUUCAAAAAUUGCAAAAGAUACGACAAAGAUACUGUGAUGUCCUGAGAAGGUAUCUUGGCAACCUUUAUGUUGCAUCUGAAGCGGAAAAAGCAUAUCAUGGACUGCUCAAGAAAUUAGGUGAAGAAUUGAAUCAUUUGAGUCACAGUUUGUUGCGCAUUUAUCAUAGCUUAAAUAACAGCGAACUUAAUCCAUUAUUACGCGAACUUUUCGAUCUCUCGCAAACUUGAAUGAAAAAUGUCUUGGUGUUAUUCUAUUCUUCCUCUUCUCGUUUUUCGUUUUUUUUUCCCUCCUUUUUUUGAAUUGUUACAUUUUUAUUUUUCGCCAAUCCCUGAAAUAAU